AUGGCCGACACACACUCUCACAGCUCGGCUGAGCACAAGAACGAAAAGGAAGGCCUCGAUGUCCUCGCCAUCGGCGACGUCGACAGCGGCCGCUCCCUAGGCUACGAGGCUCCCGAGCCUUCCGCCAUGACCCGGAGAGCCCAGCUGCUUGGCAUUGCCAUCUGCACGGGUGGAUUCCUGUUUGGCUACGACAUCGGCGUUGUUUCAUGUGCCUUCAUCAUGAAGGACUUUGUGCUGCGUUUCGGUGGCGAGUGCAUCGACGGCGUCUGCUCGCUGCCCUCCUCGCGCACCUCGCUCAUCAACUCGACUCUGUCGGUCGGAACGUUCGUCGGCGCCUUGCUCCAGGCGCCCGUAUCCGACUUCUUCGGCCGUCGCACUUCGAUGGUCUUCUGGGCCUCGUGGUUCCUUCUCGGCGCCAUCGUUCAGACGGCCACCAUCUCGAGCUGGCAGCAGUUCGCCGUCGGCCGUGCUUUCGCUGGUCUCGGCGUCGGUGCUCUCUCCGGUCUCUGCCCGCUCUACCUCGGUGAGACGGCCCCCAAGCACGUCCGUGGUGCCAUGGUCGCCGGCUACCAGCUUCUCAUCAUUUUCGGCAUCUUCGUCAGCUACGGCAUCGGCUGGGCGACCCACACCAUGGUCGACUCGGUCGCCUCCUGGAAAAUCCCCGUCGGCCUCCAGCUGCUCUGGGGCGUCAUCCUCAUCGCGCUCAUGACCGUCCUGCCCGAGUCGCCGCGCUGGAAGCUGCAACGCGGUGACGUGGUCGAGGCGCGCCGCGUCAUGGCAGCCAUGCGCAACAUCGAGCUCCGCGACUUCCACGGCGAGCUUCGCGGCGACAAGUGGAUGGAAGCCGAGCUCGCCGACAUGAACGAGGGCAUCCUCAUCGAAAACGAGGCCUUCAAGGACCGCAACUACAUCUCGGCCUACCUCCUUUGCUUCUCCAACAAGCAGCAGAUGUGGAAGCGCACCCUCAACGGCAUCAUGCUUCAGACUAUUCAGCAACUAAACGGCCAGAACUUCUACUAUUACUAUGGCCCUGUCUUCUUCAACAGCGCGGCGGUGUCGCUCGAUGCGUACCAGAUCCAGUUCCUUCUCGGCUCGGUCUCGCUGCUGGCCACCAUCCCCGCCCUCAUCUCGAUCGAGAAGCUCGGCCGACGCCAGUCGCUCCUCAUCGGCGCCGCCGCCGAGGCCAGCUGCGCGUUCAUCGUUGCCUUUGUCGGACGCUACGCCCUCGCACCCCGCGGCACGCCCCCGGACCAGAUCAGCUCGUCGCAGAAGCAGGCCGGCAACGCCUUCAUCACGUUCGCCAUCUUCCACGUCAUGUUCUUCAGCAUCUUCUGGGGCCCCACGCCCUGGGUCUUCCUCUCGGAGAACUACCCGCAGUACAUCCGCGCGAAGUGCAUCUCGCUCGGAUCGGCCGCGAACUGGAUCUGGAACUUCCUCCUGUCCUACUUCUCGCCCGGCAUCGCGGACAAGUACGACACCUUCAUCCUGCUCAUCUUCGGCUCGGUGCUCGUCUUCGGCUUCUUCUACACCUACUUCAUGGUGCCCGAGGUCAAGGGACUCACGCUCGAGCAGGUCGACGAGCUCUACUCGCAGAACGUCGCUCCCUGGCGCUCGGCCUCGUGGGUCCCCACCAUCGGCGAGACCAACCGCGGCUCGCCCAAGAAGAGGAAGAACCGCGUCGAGACGGCCUAA